AACAAGUAUGCCUCAUCAAACUGUCUAACAAUUUCAAAGUGAUACUAUGCACUUCUACAGCUCUAAAGUAUGAAACGCUAUGCAAUGAAUGCUCAAACGGGAUGAAUUACACUCAUCAAUUCCCGCAUAAACUUGGGUAUGCCGUGUGUAAAAUGUUGUGUGGAAAAUAAAUUCAUCAAAAUAAGAGUUUGUGGCUGAUUGAAGCCGUUUGGCUUAUAUUGUCCUAGUUCAACAGUGUGUCAAGGUAGUUGAGUUAUUUAACUGACCUUAUAUGAUUGCUGAGCUUGAAUUUGUGCACGGACCAUUCAUGACACACUUGAAAUGUUCAAAUUCUUGCUUCAAAGGAGUGCAAACAAGUUGGUUUAUGUCCCCAUGUCCAUGUGGCAGGGCAAAGCUCAUUUCUACAAUAACCUCAAACCACCAAUGCCAAACCAGACCCUUAAGAAGUAUCUUGAGUGCAACAACCACACUAAGGUUCUGCUACUCUUCAGAACCUUCUUUAGAAAAAGAUCUACUUUUAACUCCAUUGAUAGCUUUUCAAUACUGUUUGCCCUCAAAGCCUGCAACCAGAAGAAACGUUCCUCCAUUCAAGGAAAGCAAUUGCAUGCCCUCAUCAUAAAAUUUGGAUAUGAAGCCAUAGUUCAACUCCAGACAUCCCUUCUGAGAGUGUAUGCGGCGGAAAGGGGAAACUUGAGAGAUGCACACCAAGUGUUCGAUGAAAUACCCUCGAAGAAUAUUAUAUGCUGGACAUGUUUGAUUACUGCCUAUGUUGACAAUCACCAACCCAGCAAAGCUUUAGAACUGUUUAGACUGAUGCAGAUGGACAAUGUGGAACCUGAUCAAGUCACUUUAACUGUUGCUCUCUCGGCCUGUGCUGACACUGGGGCACUGGAAAUGGGUGAAUGGAUCCAUGCUUUUGUUCGGCAUAAACAAGGGUUGAACAUGGAUUUGUGUUUGAGUAAUGCCCUCAUAAAUAUGUAUGCUAAGUGUGGGGAUAUCUUUAAUGCCAGAAAGCUGUUUGAUAGCAUAAGAAGCAAAGAUGUCACAACUUGGACGUCCAUGAUUGUGGGGCAUGCGCUACACGGGCAAGCACAUGAGGCUCUUCAACUUUUCUCAGAAUUGAACAGAAAGAAUGACAGCAAAAACUGCCAUUCCAGUGGGUAUAACAUAACCCCGAAUGAUGUAACAUUCAUAGGAGUUUUAAUGGCUUGCAGCCACGCAGGGUUGGUUGAGGAAGGGAAGCGUCAUUUCAGAAGCAUGACUGAAGAUUAUGGUAUACGGCCUAGAGAGCCUCACUUUGGCUGCAUGGUGGAUCUUUUAUGCAGAGGUGGGAAUAUAAGAGAGGCCUAUGAGUUCAUAAUGGAGAUACCAGUGCUGCCUAAUGCGGUGAUCUGGCGAACCUUGCUUGGAGCAUGCAGCCUCCAUGGUGAAUUGGAGUUAGCUACCGAAGUUCGGCAUAAGCUGCAUAUGUUGGACCCUGGCUAUGUGGGUGAUAGUAUUGCCAUGUCUAACAUUUAUGCAAAUAGAGACAUGUGGAGCAAAAAGGUGAUUGUUAGGAAUCAGAUAAAACAGUCAAGAGCACCUGGCUGCAGCUCAAUUGAGGUGGGAAGUGGGGUAAGUGAAUUUGUUGCUGCAGACGAUAACCAUCCUCCAAUGACAGAUAUAUGAUGUUCUUGAAUCUUGAUCAGAAGUCUGAAAGUUUAUGGUAACUUGAGAAGGCCUUCAAGCCUAGAAUGUACAAGCGAAUUCAGUAAAGGUGCUUAGUUUGUUUUCUCUUUCGCUCCCAUCUCAUCCAAUCCUGAGUUGUAAAGAAAAUCAGGAUUCAGAAGGAUAGGCAAAAAGAUAAGUAAAAGAAAACUGAGACAUUCCAACAACAAAAAGUGAUACUAACUUUACUAACUCUUACUUCUCAUCACAUCCUUCAUAUACAAUAACAGUUACUUCUCUUUAUUCUCAU